UAUAGGGUAUUUACACGGUCGGUUUGACUUGAUUCACUCAAUGUAUGUUAAAUACAUGUAGUAGUCAUGACAUACCUUAUAAUGUAGAUUUAAGUUGAUAUUAUUAUUUUAAUAGUCUCUUGUGCGAUAUGAUCGUGUGUGACAGCGGAUGUUAAGUCAGUCGAUCGGUAUUAAUUGUCAUAUAUAUAUAUUAAACAAUACACGUGUCGAUUUUUAUAUAUAACGAUGUAAACAUAUGGUAGAUAUGACAUGGUGUUUAUACUAGGGUGUAUAUAAAACAAGAUAUUUGAGAAUGAGCGGGCCGAGUGGUGGUCAAUCUCAGAAUGGGAUGAUGCGUUUUUUGCGCAUGUUGAUACGAACUAAGAAGAUACCUGAUGAAGAGGGGUUGAAAGAAACCAGUUUGGCUCGAGUUCUUGGAGCUUUUGAUCUUACAGCUUUAGGUGUGGGCAGUACACUGGGAGCUGGUAUAUAUGUUGUAGCAGGUCAAGUAGCAAGACAAACAGCUGGACCAUCAGUAUUCGUCUCAUUUCUUGUCGCUGCCUUGGCUUCAGUUUUAGCAGGUCUAUGUUAUGCCGAAUUCGCUGCUCGAGUACCCAAAGCUGGUUCAGCCUACGUCUACAGUUACGUGACAGUAGGAGAAUUGAUGGCGUUUAUUAUUGGAUGGAAUAUGAUAUUAGAGUAUGCUAUUGGGACUGCCAGUGUUGCACGAGCGUGGAGUUCUUAUUUUGAUUCUCUAGUUGACAAUAAAAUUCAGAAUUUCUUUAAAGACAAUAUGCCGAUGGAUUUAACCGGUCUGUCAACAUAUCCCGAUUUUUUCUCGUUUGGAAUAACUCUGUUAUUAACGGCUCUAUUAGCGUUUGGUGUUCGUGAAUCAGCCAAAUUUAAUAAUGUUUUUACUGCCGUGAAUCUACUGGUUGUGUUGUAUGUAGUUAUCUGUGGGUUAUUUAAAGUUGAUUCCAAAAACUGGAAUUUAGACCCAGCUGAUAUGCCACCCGGUGUUGAUGGCGGAAAUGGUGGAUUUUUGCCCUUUGGUUUUUCUGGGAUGAUGUCUGGUGCUGCCACGUGUUUUUAUGCCUUUGUUGGUUUUGAUUGUGUUGCUACAACAGGUGAGGAAGCGAAGAAUCCACAGAGGAAUAUACCAUUAGCUAUUAUAGUAUCAUUGAUUAUAAUAUCAUUGGCUUAUUGUUCUCUAUCAGCUGUAUUAACCCUGAUGUGUCCAUACUAUCUACUAGAUCCUAAUGCUCCACUACCAUUUGUAUUUGAUAGAGAGGGUUGGGGAGUGGCUAAAUACAUCAUAUCUGUGGGUGCUCUAUGUGGCCUUUCGACCAGUUUACUGGGCGCCAUGUUUCCACUACCAAGAAUUCUAUACGCAAUGGCUACUGAUAGUAUUAUAUUUAAAGUAUUAGCUCAGAUAAACGAUCGGUUUAAAACACCUUUAUUAGCUACCAUAAUUACAGGUAUCUUCUCAGGUUUAAUGGCGAUGAUGUUUAACUUAAAAGAAUUAGUUGAUAUGAUGUCAAUAGGGACGUUAUUAGCAUAUACUCUUGUUGCUGUGUGUGUAUUAAUAUUAAGAUAUAGAACAGAUGAUCAACAACCAGGACAUACGACUGAACAUCAAUCAUCCACAGAUGAUCAUAAUAUAUUGUUUUCAUCUAGAGAUUUAUUUAAUUCACCAUCCAGUACACCAACAAAACUAACACAGAAAAUAGCCACAGCUACCAUAUCAUUAUUAUGUUUAUCUAUAACGUUGUUUUGUUGUAUGAUUAUAUUUUUAUCUGGAGAAUUAAUGGAAUAUAAAUGGUGGGCGAUAUCAUUAUCAAUAUUACCAGGAUUAGUUAUACUUUUAUGUUUAUGUAUUAUCUAUAAACAACCACAGAGUACAACAGCUCUUAGUUUUAAAGUUCCUGCUGUGCCAUUAGUACCAACAUUAAGUGUUUUAAUAAAUAUUUAUUUAAUGUUGAAAUUAUCCACAUCAACCUGGAUCCGUUUUGGUGUAUGGAUGGUGUUAGGUUUUUGUAUAUAUUUUGGCUAUGGCAUCCAUCAUCCUGAUCACAGCAAACAGCACAGCGACUCACCAGCACCUCCUUCUCCUCUUCCAACCCAUUCACUUGAUGAAUCCUCAGACAGUGCCGAUAGUGAUAAUAAUUAUGAUAUUUGUUGUGAUACGAAAGAAAAGUCGGCACUUUUAAGAAAAAAGGGCAAAUCUUGAUGUCGUGUGUAUGUUCCCAGGAUUCAUCAUCUAUUUUGGUUAUGGCAUCUGGUUCAGUGCAGAAGGGCGACGUCUUAGAGAACUGACGUCCACGACAUCAUUUCCGUCUGUUUAUCAUGACGUCCCCGAUGCUCCAGCAACCUAUCCUAAAUUAAUCAACCGUGAAGAGGAAUCUUCAAUACCAUAUCAGUCUAUUGACAACGGGUCAGCUUUUCCAGAAAAAUGAAGACGAAAGAAAAAUUACUCAACCUAGUUACAACAAUUUUCUUACUCAAAUUUGUUUACGUUCCCCAAAAAGUGAGAAUAAAGGUCGUGUAGGUAUAUUCCCUGGAACCUUAAAAUAGACGAACAUCGAUCUAAAGCCACAUUGUCAUGUAAUGUUCAUGAAUAUUUACAUUCAAUUUUUAAAAGCUGUAUUGUAAUUUCUAAUCAAUUAAGUUCGGUGAAAUACGCGAACAGUCCAAAUUAUUAUUUUAUCUUUUGUAAAUCAGCCAUUACUAAUUACUUCCGCAUUGUCUUGUAUGAUAUGUGUUGUUCUUUGUUCAUUACCUAUGGGCUAAAUAUAACCAUAGAGUACCCGACGCAGCGUAUUGCUUUUUAAAAUUUUCAUUAUGUCCAAUACUUUCACGGUAAGAUAACAACAUCAAUAUUGAAAAGGACCAAUAUAGAAUUCAAAUUUGUGUUUUUAAUUUCCAAUGUUAUGGAUAAUAUGGGGUUUAGUUCCUUUAAAUACAAAAACAUACUCGGGGAAUUAUCCGGACCUUUAUGUUACGUCAUCGGAAACUGUUUAUUUCAUCAUCUGUUAAUGCAAUCCGUUAUCACCUGCUGUGUAUUUAAAUACGCUAUUAUGCCCCAGUGGGGAUGUUGUUCCUCUUAAAACAUAUAUUUCCUUUGAAACAUUUGAUUAUCUUUCAAGAGAAGGUAAUGUUAUGCUAUACCAUAUGGAAACAGUUUAGCGAUAUACAGAAUCAAAAUAAUGAAUCAAGUUCAAUAAAAACUAACCAACUGACAAAAAUUUCAAAAUCCUAUCUAUUAAGCAAUUCAGCAGGGGAAUUUGAAAUGAUUUCAGGUGCCACCUUUAUCGUAAGCUAUUUAUUGUAACACUGAGGUAAAGGUCUUAAAUCAUUCUACAUUUAAAGUGAAUAUCAUAGUUAUAAAUCUGUUUGUACCGAGUCCCUUAAGUGCACGAUUCCACUUCUAUUUAAUAAUUUUGUCAAAAUGAAAUAUCAAUUCGUUAUAUGAGAGUGGACUCGUGCACUUAAACGGCGGCACCGUGUAUGUGUAAGUUCACUUGCACUAGUAAAGGGGGGUAGUGAAACCCCACCGAAUGUAGUCACAAGAACACGGGUCAACGACUUCAUCUCUGGUUUUUAGAAAAGAGAGCCAGCAGCCGUUCUUAAAUAGACUCUAGGCAUGUAAAUAUUUGUUAUUGUAAAAAGUACCAACCUAUUUUGUCAUCUUAAUCCAGUCAUGAAUAAAUUGUUUUAUCUUUA